AUGGACGCCCACGCCUACCUAAUCAAGCACGGCUGGUCCGGCCCCGGAAAUCCAUUGAACCCGAACCAGCGACCAGGCGCACACGGCGGUCUGGGCCUCACACGCCCGAUUCUGGUAUCGCGCAAAGCCAACAAUCACGGCGUCGGCAAGAAGACGACAAAAGACCCCACGAACCAAUGGUGGCUGCGCGGAUUCGAGGACGCCCUGAAGGGCGUCGGCAAUGAUAGCUUCGAGGCUACCUCUGCGCGCGAGAACAACGCGCUCACAAGUGAGCUUUACCGGCACUUUGUGCGGGGAGAGGGGCUCGCUGGAACGCUGGACGGAUUGAAGAAGGAGGGAAAUACCCCGUCUGCGUCUACUUCUACAUCCGGGUCGAAGUCGAAGCGCAAGCGCGAGGAUGGGGAUGAUGGUGUUGAUCGCAAGGCUAGGAAGUUGGCCAAGGCUGCUCGCAAGGAAGAGAAGGCUGUGCGGAAGGAGGCGAGACGGGUGAAGAGGGCUGCUAAGGUGGAGAAGAAGGAGAAGAAGGCGGCGGAGAAAUUGGCUAAGAAGGCUAAGAAAGAGCGGAAACGGACUGCUUCGGAGGAAGAUUAUCCAACGCCCACAUCGAUUGAUCGGGGGUCUGAUCAGACUAGUGCGGAGACUACGGAGACAGAUGAGGCUGCCACGCGGGAGAAGAAAGAGAGCAAGAGCUCCAAGAUUGCAGAUAGUGAUGUGAGCGAGGACUCGAAAAAGAAGUCUAAAAAGGAGAAGAAAGUCAAGAAGGACUCCAAGGCCUGA